UUUUUACAAAAUCAAGGCCUUCGUCAACGUCGACAACCUGAAAUGCGUUUUCUCUAUGAUUCAAACGCAGCAUCAGUUCGUUGGAAAAAUAGUUUUGAGGUCUUCCACAAUUUCCUUCUCUUCACACCCUCGCACUCACACACGUUGCGGUCAGUCAAAAAGAACAAAGUUUGUAACCACACGCCCAUAUAGAAUAAUCUUAGAUGUCCUGGUCCCUCCUCUUAUUUGUUUCAAACAAGGCCUCAACUUAAGAGUGAAAUUUAAUAUUGCCAUCAUUAAAAUGGAUGUGCUGCCCCAAGGAAUACAAAGGAUGUGCUGUUCGAAAAUUAAUAUCAGCUUAAAGGAAAUAAUAUUAAUUUUAACGAUAGCAACCACAGGGAUUCAGAUUGUUAUAGCUGAGAUAAGCAGAGGCAUUCCUUGCAUUAAGCGACUGAACCAGUUAUAUUGUCCUUCUCCUGGUCAAAACUAUCCUCAAGAUAAAAUAGAAACGUUCAUCGAUGAGAACAAAGCACUCAUAAAACGAAUGUUUGGGGACUACACAAAUGCGCCAGUAGACAGCGAAAUUCCUGAUAGUUUCGAAACAUAUGAUGGAAAGAAAAUUCGAGUAAGACCCAAGAGAGCUGCUUCCAGAAAUUCCUACACUGCUGCCUCAAAUAAAGUUGAUGCAUGUGAAUCUGCAAUAGAAAUCGUGACUCCAUAUUGGUCGUCUAACAGCGCAGGAAAAUUAAGAGCUAUUGUCAAUACACAGCAUUUACAGCAAGCAAUACAUCAAGAAGUGUGCCAACAAAACCAAACUAAAAAAUGUGCUAAUGAUUGUAGUUGCGAGCAGAAGUAUAAGUGGCACAGGCUAUUAGCAUAUGAUCCAGACGAUGACUGCAAAGGAAUAUUUAUGGACUGGUUUCUUUUUCCUUCCUGUUGUGUUUGUAGAUGUGCAAGUUUUAAUAAACCUAAAUAAACAACAUAAA